UUUUGGGGAAAUAUGGCGGCUCUCUGUGGUGGUGUCGUGGGGUCGAGUUUUUGUAGGAACCAUCAGCUUUUCCGAUUGUUACACAAAAGCUUUAUUGGGAGGUUAGGAUGCAACCAUGUUGCAGCUCAGCAUACUGCGCCCUCUGAAACUGGCUCUGCUCAAGAGAUUAUAAUUCCACGAAAGAAAAAAUGGAAUGAAGAGGCCGUACUCCAGGCUCUCGCAUCCACCGUUAACAGGGACCCAACUGCAUCACAUUACAGAUUUCAGGACGACGCCUUUCUCACCCCAAAGACUUCCUCCGAAUUCAAGCUGUUCUCCCAGUCACAGGAGGCAGGGAAGAAUGCCGCAGAGUACGUUGUCAACACUUACCCCAAGUAUUUCACGAAGGACUAUGCAGAGCCUCACGUACCUUGCCUCAUGCCGGACACUCUGAAGCCCCAGGUGAGCGACGUCAGCGAAGGGGCCCUGAAGGAGCUCAUCCAGCUGAGGAAAGUCCGCCAGGCGGUCAGCAUGUACGACCAGUUGCUGCAGGCUGGCACUGCGGUUUCCCUAGAAAUGACCAAUGACCUCCUGGAUCUUAUCUGCUUCUACGGGGACCAGGAUCCACAGCAAGAAGAAACACCCGAUCAGGAAAAGAGUGAGGAUGGGGAGGAGCAGGAAUUGCCCCCGAAAUCGAGGCGUGGGAGGUCAAGGAAAUUGGAAGUGUGGAGGAAAGACAACAAUGCGGAGAGGAUAUUUAAUCUGAUGGCUGAGCGCAGUGAGCGCUCAUACAGCGCCCUGAUCAGGGGCAUGGUCAAGUACGGCGCCCAAUUGAAGGCGUUUGACCUGUAUGCUGACAUGCUAAACAACCGUAUGUCUGUCGACGUGAACACCUUCAAUGCGCUCAUCAUCGCCGCCCCAGAGGUCAGACAGAAAUACAAUGAGAAGUGGGAGCUGAUCGUGGAGAUCCUGAAGCAGAUGAAGGAGCAGGGCAUGAGGCCCAGCCUGCUGACAUUCAACGCCGUGCUGAAGAGCUCGCGCCGGUGCGGCCCUGCUGGCCGAAUGCAGGCACUGCAGACGCUCAGCGAGAUGAAGGCCGUGGGAAUCGAGCCCAGUUUGGCUUCAUAUAACCACAUCCUGGCAGCUUUCUACAGGACAGUGUUCGGACCCUCAGCCUCGUUCAGUAACGUGUCAUCUGACAUUCUUCACAAAGUCAUGGACGAGGUUUCUGGGAAGUCUUUCAUAGCCCGUGAUCCAGAUGAUGUUCACUUCUUUAACUACGGCAUGAAAAUCUGCUGCUCCCUGAAGGACCUGGGCCUGGCCUACAGGCUCCACCAGCUGUUGGGGGUCGGAGACAACUGGCGCUUUCUGGGCAGCCCUUCCCAGGAAGCUCACUAUUACGGGCGCUUUUUCCACCUGAUCUGCAUGAUGGAGACCGUGGACACAGUGCUGCUCUGGUACCGGGACCUGGUCCCCUCGUUAUUCUACCCCAAUUCGGGUGCGAUGAGAGACGUCCUACAAGCACUGGACACAGAUAACAGGCUGGACCUCAUUCCGGAGAUUUGGAAAGAUAUCAAGCGGCUGGGGCUGUCAAACAAGGCCGGUGAUCUGGUGGAGGAGGUGCUCUCACUGAUGGCGAGGGAUAAGCACAGCCCAGAGGUGCACGAGUCCUUCGCUGAGUGCGCGCUGGAGGUGAAGGCCACCUACGGGAGUGGCGAGCAGGGCCAGGUGACCCUGGACUGGACCGCCAGCGCACUGGGGAACAUUGCCAGCAUCCUGCUGGCUGCUGGGAGAACAAAGCAGGCCUGGGACAUGCUGCCCCUCUUCAAAGCCAACAACAGGGUGCCGGCAGAAAAGCUUCUGGACGACUUCCUGAGCUCAGCAAUGCUCCGCGGCGAUCCCCAGCGGGCAGUGACCCUCGUGCAGCUCUCAGCCAGCUUCAGCCUCCCAGCCACAGCCCGGCUCGCCCAGAGGGUGCAGCAGGAGUGUGAGCUCAACGAGGAGCACAAGACACUCCUGGUGGAGUUAGAAGCUCUAAGUCAUGACAAGGACUGAGCGUCUUUGGCAUCUCCUGUGCUCUGUUAUGACGGUCAUUUUUUCUUUGUUCUUGUGCUUUUAAGUUAAUAAAAUGUAAUAAAUCUGUCA